AUGCCACGCUUUUUUGAAUUUGUUGUAAAUUUAAAUGUAUUGUUGAUAUGUAUAAUUUUCAUAAUUGGAGUACAACCACUUUUGGAUGGUGUACUUAGUUAUUUGCCUUGUCCAACUGAAGUCAGUAGCUAUGGUCUUGACCAAAGUAAGAAUGAAGAGAAUGUCACAUUGUUUGGAACUCCAGAUGGGCCUCUUGUGGUGUUAGCUUUUAAAUUGGAGGAAGGGUGCUUUGGUCAGUUGACAUAUCUGAGAAUCUAUGAAUGUGUCAUUCGGAAGGGUGAUUUUAUACAUAACAUAAAUACAAGAAAGAAGGUUAAGAUUCCUCGCUUGGUUUGGAUGCAUUAUGAUGAGGAUAUUCAAGAGGCACAUGCUGGGCAAAUAGUUGCUGUAUUUGGUGUGGAUUGUGCAUCAAGAGAUACAUUUACUGAUGGGUCAAUUAAAUACAAAAUGACUUCUAUGAAUGUCCCUAAGCCAAUGAUGUCUUUAGCCGUUCAACCAGUUUCAAAAGAUUCAGGAGGACAAUUUUCAAAGGCUUUGAAUCAUUUUCAGAGAGAGGAUCCUACUUUGUGUAAGUAUAAGUUUUCAUGUAGAUUGUUAGAUUUGGUCCUCCAUUGGGAAAAACUAGACUUUGGUUAAGUUACUUAUAACCAUGACUUGGUGCAGAAACCUUAGCUAUUACUUAGUCCUAAAAUUUUUUCUUUGCUUGAUUAGUAAU